AUGUCGAUUUUACCACUACAAAUAAUGUUGCCUGGACUUGUGUUUGAUAAAGUGGAAGUUAUUUUGCCAUAUUGCCCAGCGAUAAUAGAUAUCUACGACGGUAUUGAGAUGUCAGAAACACAAUUGAAUUUAAAAAAUCCUGUGUGGCUGCAAAUCAUGAUUUGCUUGGCUGUUAUCAUGUUCUACAUUCCUUCACUAUUGGAAAUAUAUCAUCUACAUUAUCCUCAAUUAAAAAAUGGAUCGAGCCUUUCAGAACGAAGAAUUAAGCUUUCUCAAUUUGUGUCCAGUUGUAUGUUCGUUGUUCUUCGCGUAGUAUUGUUUGCAUACAACCCACACGAAAUUGGACUCGUUAUCAAGACACUUAUCAGAGUGUACUGCCAUUACAAUAUAUGGUCAAAUUUGAAUCGUGCUCCAAAGAUUGUUUCAGAACAGCCGACAGAAAUCUCGACAGAAACAGCGUUGACUAUCGCCAGUAAAGGGCUUAGCUUGUAUGACACAGAAAACGGUAAAACAUACAGAUGCAAUGAAAUACGCAUCGACAUUACCUCCGACAUCAACACAAGCAUGAACUAUAAUAGAUCCAGAUCUCUAAGCAUAUAG